GUGGUCAACAUUCAGUCUUGCUAUGCUGCUUGGACGCUGGCUCGACUUUGACUGGACUCUGGCAUUGACGCUGGCAUGGCGCUAGCCACACGCUGGCUGUGCGGAGGCACUGUGGACGACGACGAGGGGCCGUGGCAGCAUGCUGACGCUUUUUGUGCGCCGGGCAUUGCUGAUGAGACGCUGCCACCUGUCUACCCUGCUGAUGUGGCGCAUGCCACUGCUGACCAGGAAUGUAUUGAUGAUGACGAUGUUGAUAAAGGGGAGGUGGAGGAGGAGGAGGGGGAUGACGAGGAGGGCAGAGAAGAAGAAGAAGAAGAAGAAGAAGAAGAAGAAGAAGAAGAAGAAGAAGAAGAAGAAGAAGAAGAGAAAGAAGCAGCAGAGAAAGGGUGGAUGACGGGGGGAAAUGUAGCAGAGGAUGUUGGCGGAGGGGCUGGUGGGGGUGGUGGGGAUGAUGGCGGUGGUGGCAGUGAGGAUGACGGCGGUGGUGAUUGUGGUAGUGUUGGUAGUGAUGAUGGUGGUGGUGGAGGAGGAGAAGAAGGUGGUGGUGGUGGUGAUGAUGGAGGAGGUGGAGGUGGAGGUCGUGAUGGUGGCGACUGUGGCAGUGAGGGAGGCACAUUUUCAGUUGCAACGGCCGCAUGAGUGGGGUGGCCUUCAUUCCCUGCAGCCACCUCCGCAGCGUAUAUGUUGCUCACUGCGGCGGGCCUCAUCUCCAUCUGAGCUGGCGGAGGCACAUUGGUAUCUGCCAAUUCG